GGUUGCUUAGAGUUGCAGCGGGGCUCGGCGCUGAUGGGGCUCCCUCGUCGGCUUGCUGGUUUGAUCCGCGGAUCGCUGGGAAGAGGAUGGAAGAGUAUCUGCCUCGCCAAGAAGGUCGGCUGAAGCUGAGGCCCCGGUGGCCCUGAGGUUAUCACUUCUGGAUUUUCCAUGUUGUUUCAUUCCUGGAAUGAUUUCAAUAAAGAUUACUUCAAAAUGAUAACAAACAUCAUCAUUUUGAGUAUACUAAUAUGUAUUUCUUUGUCUUUCUGGAUUGUGUCCAUGACCGCAAGCACAUAUUAUGGUAGCUUGCGGCCAAUUUCUCCAUGGCGCUGGCUUUUUUCAAUUUUGAUCCCGCUAAUGAUUGCUUCACGAGGAUUUAGGAAAAAGAGUCUUGAUCAUGGUGGAGCAAUAGGAGGUUUAAUUGUUGGAUUUAUCCUCACUGUUGCAAAUUACAGCUUUUUUACCUCCAUGCUCAUGUUUUUUAUUACUUCUUCCAAACUCACCAAGUGGAAAGGAGAAGUAAAAAAACGAAUAGAUUCAGAAUACAAAGAAGGUGGACAAAGAAAUUGGGUGCAAGUAUUUUGCAAUGGCGGUGUACCUGCAGAAUUGGCUCUGCUAUAUAUGAUUGAAAAUGGACCAGGUGAAAUUCCAGUAGAUUUCUCUAAACAAUAUACAGCAUCCUGGAUGUGUCUAUCAUUACUGGGUGCUUUGGCCUGCUGUGCUGGGGACACCUGGGCUUCAGAAAUUGGCACUGUCAUGGGUCAUGAACCUCGGCUAAUAACAACCUGGAAAAAAGUUCCUGUAGGUACUAAUGGAGGUGUUACUUUAGUGGGUUUAAUUUCAAGUCUGCUUGGAGGCACAUUCGUUGGCAUGGCUUACUUCAUUUCCCAAUUGAUUUUUGUGAAUGAUUUGGAUAUAUCUGCUCCACAAUGGCCAAUUAUUGUGUUUGGUGGCUCUGCUGGUUUACUAGGCUCUAUCAUUGAUUCUUACUUAGGAGCAACAAUGCAGUACAGUGGUUUUGAUAAAUGUACUGGAAUGGUUGUCAACCAUCAGACAGAAAAUGCAACACACAUUUCUGGUAAACCAAUCCUGGAUAACAAUGCAGUGAAUCUCUUCUCCUCUGUAGUCAUUGCUUUGUUAUUGCCAGGAAUAGCAUGGGGAUUUUGGCCAAGGGGAUGAAGACAGGUAUUGACUUGCAUUUUUUUUCUUCAAACAAGCUGUGACCUAAAAGAUUUUCCACCAAAAGUCUUCAUAAUUCUGGACUGGAAUACAUUCCUGCAACUGUUCUGAAAGUAUGAGGAAUCACUAGGUUAUUAAAGUGAUACUUCCUGCAGCAGUUUUAGGUAGCUAAGGCAGACAGGAAGAGAGGAAAUCCUGAUUUAAUAUUGCUUUUUAUGUAAGACUAUAGCUCCCAUUUGAGUUGUUACGAUAGAAUAUUUGUUUGCACUUCAUUCUCCAUAAUUUAUUAGGCAAAUGAGAACUGGAAAGACUAAAAUAACCUGUGGAUAGAAUGCCAUUACAGCUACCUGAACAAGUAAAGGAUCUUGGUCUAGUGACUAGUGACUAAACUAAAUGCUAAACUUUCUAUAUUACUCUGAAAUCUAUUUUUUGUAGGGACCUAUUGUACUAUGGCUAGUGAACUGACCGCUCUAGGUACAAUCUUCAAUACAAUCACAAGUUUGCUUUUUGCUGUUAAAAUAUUUUUUAAAAUAUGUAUGAUAUGAAACCUAGUACUAACCUGUUGGUGCUUAAAGUUUAAACUUUAAUUUAUUGGGUUUAAAAUAUUAUGUUUAAAAACAAGAAUGUAUGCUUUUGGCCACUCUCUGUAGUUAUUAGCUAUAGUUUUAUCCUAGCAUAUGGAACAAAUACUUACAUUUGUUCAAAAUCUGUUUGGUCUUUGAGAUGGAUGUUACUUUUUAAAUCAAAGCUUGUAAUAACUUACCACUGAUAUCUGAAUAGAUAUGUUUAUUUCUUCAUAAAGAUAGGGCCAAAAGUGAAAUUCAGUUUAACUGAAAGCAACUCUUACUGAUAAAUUACAUAUUUCUUUUUCUUGUAUAAUUUUUUAAAAGUAUAUUAGCAAGUUAUAUUACAAAUGCAAUGGAAAAUUUGUCAGGUUUAUUUGCUAGUAGAUCCAUUUUCCAUAGACUUAUAUUUUCAUUUUAUAUAAAUCAGAUACUAGAAUUUUUAAUUUUACACUAAUCUUAAAGGAAAAAAAGGUAAGUUGAUGGCUGCUUCACAGAGGCUAUGUCUACAGACAAUUUUUAAUACUGUGUAGAAACUGUUUUCAAUUGUUUUUCUUAUCAGUUAUAACUAGACAAGAAUUCCUAUUAAAAAGGAGUGUGCAUAAAGCAAAUUUGAAGAACCAUUUGUAGAAACUGAUUAAAACAACACAAUAUGUACAUAUGUAAUAUAGGACACUGGGAAUUUCUGCAAAAAUUAAUAUACAGAUUUCUGUAAUAUAGACACUGGAAUACAUGGCAUAAUAAGGUGAAUACAGCACUGACUCCUAGUGUUGAUACUAAUGUUGUUCUCUGAAGCAUCUGAAAAUUUGGGUAUUUGUUGGUAGUGGCAAAAUAAAUAAUAAAAAUUUAAUGCAACCCAAGAAAUUGAUUGGAUUGAUGAAGAUCUGUUAAAAUAUUAUAGAUAUCAGUGAAGAAUUGUGAACAAAUUAUAAAUAAGAAAAAUGGGAAAUACAAUAUUUAAUAGGAAUGUAUGAGGUGGGGAGAAAAACGUAAAUUGAAAUAUUUUCUGUGCCUCGAUCUAUUUAUAUACAUCACGAUAAAUACAGCAGUAGGCAUCUUUUUUGAAAAUGCAUGUAGAAAAUGUGUCCAAAUGAGGCUCUUAUAAAAAUGUUCAAAUAAAAAUGACUUUAAAAUGGCA